GCAAGCUGCUUGAAAUUAUCGACAAAACUAGGGUUACUAACGUGACGUCAUAGGCCCAACCAAUAGCAGCUCUCCGUCUGCGUCCCUGUCUCGAGUUCACAUAACGCAUUAUCACAGGUCGGUUCGUUCAACAUGUCAAAAUUGUCGGUUUUUCACUAGCGUCAAAUUUGUGUAGCUCAAUGUUUAUUUGUACAUGAUACCGUGAAAUGUUAAAAGAAUUUUCAAUGUCACUGUACGCGGCAUUUCGUUCCUGACUUUUUUGAUUUUGAUUCGAAUUCGAAGUGAUACAGUCGAGAAUCCCUUAAAGUUGCUCUGACACGUCAUGUCCUAGCUGGAGGAAGUCCAACACUGCAGUAAUAAGCUUUCGAUUUCCAUGCCGCGUUUGGACAUGACGCUAAACGUGGACUGCAUGUGGAAAGUGAUGAUUUAAUACAACAUUUCUUUAUCAUUUCCCGGCUGAUAGCAAAAUUUCGAACGAGUGCCUUUAUUUAUCGGCAUGAACUCAGCUAAUAGAAGUUAACAGUCUACUGCUAAAAUUCUAGUGCGUACAGUGGUUGAAUAUUGUAUUUAAAAAAUUAAACAUGCUCGGUUUUGAUUCUAUGGUGGACUUUAUUUCUACGAUUUCUCAGUUUGUCCAAGGAAAUGUAAGCCAAUUUGUUGACGAAAUGGACCAAUACUUCCACUAUAUAGGUGGCGGUGCUGGAGCCCUGGCGCUUACUGGCGUUGCAGCAGCUUCAGCCCUUUAUUUGGCCAAUAGGCCGGCAGCUCAACGACCCCUUUUUCCACUAAAAGCCCAGUGUGUCAACGAGGAGGGUCCAGAGCUUAUUCGAGUCUCCAGGUUUUACAAAGACGCUAAAGAGGGCAAGUUCGUCAGUUACUUAUGGGAAGACUGUCGUACGCUGUACGAAAGCUUCAGAAGAGGUGCCAAAGAAUCGAAUAACGGCCCCUGUUUAGGAUGGCGUGAAUCGUACAAUAAACCUUACCAAUGGCUUAACUACAACGAGGCCCUCUUAAGAGCUAAAAAUUUCGGUUCUGGUUUAGUGGCCAACGGUUUACAGCCCGGUACGAACACUUUCAUCGGCAUAUAUUCCCAAAAUUGUCCCGAAUGGAUCCUGACAGAACAAGCAGCUUAUUGUUACAGUAUGGUCCUGGUGCCAUUAUAUGACACACUCGGUCCAGACGCCUGUGCCUUCAUCAUUAAACAAGCCGAAAUAAAUAUUGUUAUUUGUGAAGAUGACAUCAAAUGCAAUCUUCUACUAGACAAAGCGCCAAAAUGUUUGAGAAAAAUUGUUUCAUUCAAAGAAGUUCGACCGGCCACAAAACAAAGGGCCAAAAAUAGGGGUGUAGAAAUACUUCGGUUUUCCGACGUUGAAACACUGGGGUCACAAAAAAUGCAUCCAGAUGAGCCCCCAAAACCGUCUGAUCUCUGCACAGUAUGUUACACAAGCGGCACAACGGGAAACCCAAAAGGUGUAAUGUUGUCCCACGAAAAUGUUAUCGCAGCUGUUUGUGCCGUUAUGUUACAAUUCGGGGACCACAGGCUCACUAGCAGUGAUACCAUGAUAUCAUUCCUACCUCUUGCCCAUAUGCUGGAAAGGUGCUGCGAGAAUGCCAUGUACAUGGUCGGAGGCGCGAUAGGCUUUUUCUUGGGGGACGUAAGAAGACUUUCGGAUGACAUGAAGGCCCUUCGACCAACAGUCAGCCCCGCAGUGCCGAGAUUACUAAACAGAAUUUACGACAAAGUCCAGUCAGAAGUUUCUGGCAGCUUUAUAAAGAAAAUGCUAUUCAACAUGGCUAUGAGUGCCAAAGAAAAUGAACUUAAAAGGGGUAUAGUUCGUAACAAUAGUAUUUGGGACAAAAUAGUGUUUAGAAAAGUACAGGAAGGGAUGGGAGGAAGAUUGCGACUAAUGUUGGUCGGAUCAGCCCCUUUAGCUGAAAAUGUUUUGACAUUUGUCCGAUGCGCGUUGGGGUGUGUGGUGGUUGAAGGGUAUGGUCAAACAGAGUGCACCGCUCCCAUAACCCUUACGAUUCAAGGAGACCAUGUUCCUGGCCAUGUUGGCCCUCCAGUAGCUUGUUGUUGUGUCAAAUUGGUUGAUGUCCCGGAAAUGGAAUACUGGGCGAAAAAUAAUCAGGGAGAGGUGUGCGUUAAGGGUACCAAUGUAUUCAUGGGUUACUACAAAGAUCCCCAGAAAACAGAAGAAACUAUAGACGAGCAGGGAUGGCAUCAUACAGGAGAUGUGGGACAGUGGAUGCCGAAUGGCACAUUGAAAAUAAUUGAUCGAAGAAAGCACAUCUUCAAAUUGUCCCAGGGAGAGUACAUCGUUCCAGAGAAAAUCGAGAGUGUUUAUCUUAGAUCUCAGUACGUUCAUCAAGUUUUUGUUCACGGCGAAUCAUUGAAGUCUUGCAUUGUCGCAAUUGUGGUGCCGGAGGUGGACGUAAUAAAGUGCUGGGCGCAGGAAAAUGGAAUCCCGGGAACGUUUAGCGUCCUCUGCAGUCACCCCGAAGUGAAACAACUUAUUUUUGACGACAUGAUUGCAUGGGGGAAGGAAGCUGCUCUUAAAUCAUUCGAACAGGUUAAGGACAUAUACCUCCACCCAGAUCCCUUCAGCAUGCAAAAUGGCCUUUUAACUCCUACCAUGAAGUCAAAAAGGCCCCAAAUCCGAAACUACUUCUUACCUCAAAUCGAAGACAUGUACGCUAAACUAAAUUAGAGAAGACAUUUCCUACGAAUAUUGAAAUUAUCAUCUCUACAAUAAAAAAAUCGUAAGCUUUUUAAUACA